AUGAAUAAUAACAUUCUUUUUGUAGUGUUUCUUUUAUGUUUUGCUUUGAUAGUUGAAGGUUUACAUAUUACUCCAAAUCAACAUCAUUUAAUACGCCGUCAUCCACAAUCUCCAGAAAACGACCCUCAAUCUUAUCCAUACCCAACAGAAAGCGAUACAUAUCCGGAACCAACAAAUUCAGGGGCUCAGCUUCAAUCCACAACACUUGAACCUCAAUCUGAACCUACUUCUACUCAAUCUACAUCUACUAAUACCGAAUCUAAUUAUGACCCUAUUCCCGACUCUUCGGAUUCUCAAACUGAUUUAGCAUGUUAUGCAUGUUGGAAAGGUAGUCGUAAUAAAUUACCACAAUGCAAUAAUAUUACUGAAGACCAAUGGAAUAACUUUUACAAUAAUCCAAAUGAUGCAAAUUGUGCUAAUUGUCUUUGUAGCUUUGCAUUGAAUUAUACUCAAAUCAGUAACUAUUGUAAAUCUGAUUGCUCUCAAGAUCUUGAUUCACAGCUAUCUAACCAAGCUAAAGAAUAUCUUAUCAAAUAUAAAUGUAAUGAUAAAGGUGUUAGUGGGGCAUAUACUUCUAAUAACGUUAAAUCUAGUAAUUACAUUAAUAGUAAUUCUACAACGAGUGGUAAUUCUACUGCAAAUCUGUUGAAAAAGGUUAUUCUUCUUGGUUAA